UUGCUUCGUCGGGGGGUUUAUGAAGGGCUUUGAUACGAAUCUCCGUCUCCAACCUUCUCCACAACUCUCCAAUGCUUUCUUGCCUAAAAAGCUAACCCUAACCAACCCUAACUUCAGAUCUUCCUCCUCUCCACCAAUGUUGAAGCUUUUCUCCUCCUCUGCUUCCCGAGCCCACCACCAUCUGACCCCCGCGAUUCGACCCGGGACUCGCUCAGUGGACUCUCCCCUUUUCAAAGCGCUGAGUCAGUUCACCGGGUUGAAUCGGAGAUCGAGUUCGCUUGGUCACCGUGUUUUCUUCUGCUCUGAUAGCGCCUCUGACGCAGAGGCGGUGGCUGAGGCUGAGGCUAAGGUAGCAGAGGCGGAAUCCGAAGGGUCUGAUUCGAAAUCUUCGUCGGCGAUUGUGUCUACUAACCCUAGACCCGAAGAUUGUUUAACGGUUCUAGCAUUGCCGGUGCCACAUAGGCCGCUUUUUCCUGGGUUUUACAUGCCAAUCUAUGUCAAGGAUCCUAAAGUACUCGCAGCUUUACAAGAGAGCAGAAGACGUCAAGCUCCAUAUGCUGGAGCCUUCCUUCUGAAGGAUGCCCCAUCAACUGAUUCAUCUUCAAGCACCGACAUAGAGAAAAACAUAAAUGAGCUGAAAGGGAAAGAUUUGCUUGAACGGCUUCACGAAGUUGGCACACUUGCUCAGAUUUCAAGUAUCCAAGGGGACCAAGUUAUCCUCGUUGGUCACAGACGGCUUCGCAUAACAGAGAUGGUGAGUGAAGAACCACUUACCGUCAAAGUCGAUCAUCUUAAGGAUAAGCCAUUUGACAUGGACGAUGAUGUCAUCAAGGCAACAUCCUUUGAAGUAAUUUCAACGCUUAGGGAUGUGCUAAAGACGAGCUCACUCUGGAGAGAUCACGUCCAGACGUAUACACAGCAUAUAGGUGAUUUCACUUAUCCACGGUUAGCCGAUUUUGGAGCGGCAAUCUGUGGUGCAAAUAGGAAGCAAGCUCAAGAAGUUCUUGAAGAACUGGAUGUUCAUAAACGUCUGCGGCUGACGCUGGAACUGAUGAAAAAAGAAAUGGAAAUUAGCAAGAUUCAGGAAACCAUAGCAAAAGCAAUUGAAGAAAAAAUUAGCGGUGAGCAACGCCGUUACUUGCUAAACGAGCAGCUCAAGGCUAUAAAGAAGGAGCUCGGUGUGGAGACAGAUGAUAAAUCUGCACUUUCUGGUCAGUACUAA